GGAGACACAUAAACCCCUAACCUCGCCGGAGCACCAAACCCCUCUGCCCCCCCGAUGGCGACGGCGGUGUCGGCGCCCGUCUCCACGGCCACGGUUCGAGUCUCCAAUAUCCCGCCUUCCGCUGUCGCAAAGGAGCUUCUAGCCUUCUUCGAUUCCGCCGUCGCCGCUGCCGGCGCCGCGUACGCCUGCGAGAUCGCCGCCGCCCGACGCGGCUGGCUAAGUCGAUGCAUUGGGAUCGUCCAGUUCGAUUCGACCGCCGCUGCAACACUCGCCGCCGAGCUCGCCUCCUCCGGUCGCCUACCCCGCUUCCUGGGCUCCCUCCUGUCCGUCUCCCCUGCCCCCGCGGACCUUCUCCCCCGAGCGCCCGACCAUUCUCUCCGCACGGCCGACGCGCGCCUCCUCGUCGGCAACCGCAUCGCCGAGCGCGAAUUCGAGGCGGCUGAUUCUUGGGACAGCGUCCGCGUGGAGGUCAUCCCGGGGAAGCGGCGCAUAGACCUGUACCUGGAUCACGAUUCCCAGAGGUACAGGCUCGAGGACAUCAGGAACUGCUACAAGUGCAGCUUCGAUGGGGCCGGCGCCAUCUUGCUGAAGCUCAUGUAUGCACCAAGAAUAUGCACUACAAUUUCUGGGCCUGCAGUUUAUUCAAGGUUCUCAGAUGACCGCUUUCAUGCAUGCAAGGAGGAUGUGAAGUUUACCUGGGUCAGAGCACUAGAUUUUACUCCUAACCACUCUUUCGGAAAGUGUUCAACUCUCGCCCUCGUACUUGAUGAAGGUGCACCAGUGCCAUUUAUUCUCAACAGCUUACCUUUGUCAGGAGAAUUAGGGGAAUUGGUCAUUUCUUUAAUGGAAUUUGUUGGCCCGUCGUCCAAGGUGGUUCCCCUUGUUGACUGCCCGACUGGUUGUUCAGUGUCUUAUGAAGUUCUUUUUCGUGUCAAUUCUCUUGUUCACAUGGGAAAGAUAAUUGCCAAGCAUGUUAAUGCUGGUCUGUUUAAAGCUCUUGAAGAAAUUCCAGUUCAUAUUUCAAGGAGGAUUUUCGAGAAAAUGAGCAAGUUAGAGUUUACAUGCUAUGAACCUUUGGAAUUCAUCCAGAAGGAGGUUCAUAGCAGGAAGAGGAGCCACAAUGCUCUGCUGUCCAGUAAGACUGAAGGUAAAGGAAAAUUAAUGAUGUGCUACAGAAUUCACAUUACUCCAUCCAGAAUAUACUGCUUGGGACCUGAGGAAGAAGUUACAAAUUAUGUGGUUAAGCAUCAUAAAAAGUAUGCUUCUGACUUUGCUAGAGUUACUUUUGUUGAUGAAGACUGGAGUAAACUAUUUCCAGAUGCUAUCUCAGCUAGAACUGGACGAGGGUUCUUUUCCCAACCCUUGAAAACUGGCCUGUAUUAUCGCAUUUUAUCCAUCCUGAAAGAAGGAUUUUCCAUUGGUCCAAAGAAGUAUGAAUUCUUGGCCUUCUCAGCAAGUCAACUUCGUGGAAGUUCUGUUUGGAUGUUUGCUUCUAAUGAUUCCCUGAAGGCCGAGGAUAUAAGAAGGUGGAUGGGCCACUUCGAAGAAAUCCGUUCAGUAUCUAAGUGUGCGGCUAGAAUGGGCCAACUGUUCAGCUCUUCCAGACAAACAGUUGAAAUCCUACCGCGGGAUGUGGAAGAGAUUCCAGAUAUUGAAGUCACAACUGAUGGCACUAAACACAUAUUUUCUGAUGGUAUUGGGAAGAUUUCUGAGAAAUUUGCCAAAGAUGUGGCUUACGAAAUUGGAUUAGACCCUAUGAACCCUCCUUCAGCUUUUCAAAUAAGGUAUGGUGGCUACAAAGGAGUUAUUGCUGUCGACCCUGAUUCCUUUCGUCGUCUUUCUCUGCGACCUAGUAUGAAGAAAUUUGAAUCAAAGAGCACAAUGUUUAACAUUACAAGUUGGAGCAAACCCCAGCCAUGCUAUAUGAAUCGUGAAAUUAUCUCUCUCCUUUCGACUUUGGGGAUAAGAGAUGAGAUAUUUGAGUUGAUGCAACAAGAUGAUAUGCGUGAAUUAGAUGAAAUGCUGACCAACAGAGAAGCUGCUCUCUCUGUUCUGGGGAAAAUUGGUAGUACCGAAACAAAGACAGCAUCGAAAAUGUUACUGCAAGGUUAUGAACCAAGUUUAGAGCCUUACCUGUUGAUGAUUCUUAAGGCUCAUCAGGAUAAUAGGCUGACUGACAUAAGAACUAGAUGUAAGAUUCAUGUUCCAAAAGGCCGUGUUCUUAUUGGUUGUUUGGAUGAAACAGGCGAAUUAAAAUAUGGUCAAGUGUACAUCAGAAUUACAAAGAACAGCAAAGAGCAGAAGGAUAAUGGUCAACCAUAUUUUUCUAAAGAUAACAGGAAAGACAAAACAGCAGUUGUUGUUGGAAAAGUUGCAAUAUCGAAAAAUCCUUGUCUCCAUCCUGGUGACAUCAGAGUACUUGAAGCUGUCUAUGACCAUGGAUUAUAUGCUAACAACCUGGUUGAUUGUGUUGUCUUCCCUCAAAGAGGAGAAAGGCCUCAUCCAAAUGAAUGCUCCGGGGGUGAUUUGGACGGUGACCUCUAUUUUAUCACUUGGGAUGAGAAACUGAUUCCAGAGAAGGUUGAUUCACCUAUGGACUACACUGCAGCAAGGCCACGCAUAAUGGAUCAUGUUGUCACACUCGAGGAAAUCCAGAAGUACUUUGUGGAUUACAUGAUAAAUGACUCGCUCGGUGCAAUCUCAACUGCUCACUUGGUCCACGCAGACCGUCAUCCAAUGAAAGCUCGGAGCCCUGAGUGCCUCCAGCUAGCUGCUUUGCAUUCAAUGGCAGUCGACUUCGCCAAGUCAGGAGCUCCAGCUGAAAUGCCGCGGUCACUGAGACCAAGGGAAUACCCUGACUUCAUGGAACGCUGGGACAAACCAAUGUACAUCUCCAAUGGAGCUCUCGGCAAGCUCUACCGGGCGGCUGCGAGUCAGAUGCAGAGCUCUCCUGCUCCUUCCUUUGCUCAGCCAAAUCCUGUGUUUGAUCCUGACCUCGAGGUCCCUGGCUUUGAGGAGUUCCUGGAGUCCGCAGAGGAGUGCUACGACCUGUACGUGGAGAAGCUGACCGCCCUGAUGGGCCACUACGGCGCGGAGCAAGAAGACGAGAUCCUGACCGGCAACAUCCGGAACAGGCUCCUGUACCUGAAGAAGGACAACAAGCGGUACUUUGAGAUGAAGGAUCGCAUCAUCGACUCGGUCGAGGGCCUGCACAAGGAGGCGAGGGGCUGGUUCACGUCCCGCCCAAAGGCGGAGGCGUCGAGGAGGGCGUCGGCGUGGUACCGCGUGACCUAUCACCCCGACCACCGGCGGCGGGAGAAGAAGUGGUUCUGGAGCUUCCCGUGGAUCAUCUGUGACGAGCUGCUGAAGAUCAAGGAGUCGAAUAACGGCGAUGGACUGCAGCGCCGCCUGACUCGUCCGGCCAAAACUGGACAGGGAUGGAGCAGCGGAAGGGGAUGGCGUGCUGUAGCUGUACUACCUGAUAGAGACAUUCCAGAGUUCUACGCCCACUACGGUGAUAAAUAAAUAAAUACAAGGGCCUGACAGCGAAAGACCACA